AUGAAGCUGCUGAAUGGUCUUCUAAACAUGCAUGAUGGCUUUGGAGACGAUUCUUGGCUCAAAGACUGCAGAAAACGAAUGGCUGAGACAUUCCCACGGGAAGACCCCUUCAGCAUUCUAAUGCCACCCGGUUUCGACAUUGAUAUGCAUAAAGGACCGUUACGGUCGCCCGUUGAGACAGACAACACCCUUCUGAGAGUAGACUUUGUAAGAGAAGUUGAUGCAUUGCUGCAUGAAGUGAGAUUAAUAGAGGAAGACGAGGAGGAAGCUGGUAAGAAAGGAGACCCUGAAGCGAUAGCACGUAAGUUGAAGCAGCAAGAGAAGAAGCGAACCAUCCGUCAAGUUGAAGCCCUUCUUGAUUUGGCCCUCAACUUGAAGUGGUAG